AUGUUCGCGCGCAAGGCGGUGGAGCUCGUGCAGGAGGUGGCGCGAUGCGACGCCGACCAAAUACUGCCCUUCGAUGCGGACGGCGUGCAGCGAGUGCUGGAGGAGGCGCACGAGCAUCACCAACACAUGGUGCAAAUCCUCCUGCGAGUGCAGGGGUCGGGCGUGGAGUGGCAGGAGACGCGGCUGGAGGACGCCACGGCCGUGAUGGUGCACCACCAGGCGCUGCUGCGCAACAAGCGCUGCCUCCUCGCCUACCUCAAUGCGCGCAUGAAUCAGAUCCGACGGCUGCGAUGGCAGCUGGGCGCAACGCUGCCACGGGCGUUGCAGGAGCGGCUGAGUGCGGGGGAGGGCGAGUGGCUGGCGCACUACUCACAAUCACUGGGCGACUACAUGGCGGACGCAGGGCUCGACCUCACUGUGGACCUGCUACCCCCCAAGGACCCUUACAUCGAAGUGCGUGUGCUCAAGGACGCCGGUGCAAUGUAUCUGGACGACAAAGUGGCUUACUUGGAGGCCAAUACUCUGCACCUUGUCAGGAAGACCGACGCAGAACCACUUAUUCUAAAGGGAUUAUUGGAACACCGAGAAUACUGA